CCCCACCCGACAGCGACAGAGGACACACGACAAGGCACCCACCUUCCCCUCCGCCCCAAGUCUCUCGCUCCCGCACACCACCGCCGCCACCAACCUCGCCGCCGGCAAUGGCGUGGCUCGCACGCUCGAUCGCCAACUCCCUCCUCUCCCCCGAGGAACAAACCGACAGUACCGACCCGGGCCGGUCCGCUUCCCCCGGCUCGCCCCCGCGCGGCGUCCGCGAGGAUCUCUCCGAGCUCACCGGCGCCCUGGCGAACCGCUUCCAGGGCCUCGCCUCCUUCCUCGCGCCCGCCGCCCCGGGCGGCGCUCCACGCGGUCCGGACCCAGCCGAGAUCGCCGGCCGCUUCCGUGCUGGCCUCGCGCGGCUCCCUGGUCGCCAGGCCGUCGCUGGUCUCGCCAAGAUCGCCUCCUCCCUGCUGCCCCCGGAGCUUGAUGAGGCGGAAGCCGCGGGGGUCACGGAGGAGGUGGUCUCCUUCGCGCGGGACGCCGCCCUGCGGCCCGAGCUCUGGCUCGACUUCCCGCUCCUUCCCGACGAUGCGGACUCAGACGAUUUUGACAUGACUGAUGCGCAGCAAGACCACGCCCUGGCCGUCGAGAGCUUGGCGCCGGAGCUGGCUGAUCUGAGGAUCGAGCUCUGCCCGAGCCACAUGAGCGAGGGCUGCUUCUGGAAGAUAUACUUCGUGCUGCUGCAUCCUAAGCUCAAGAAGGACGAUGCCGAGAUUCUGUCGACUCAGCAGAUUUUUGAAGCUAGAGAGAAGUUGUCACAUGAUUUGCAAUAUCAGACGAAGCUACAGAGCAGCAAUGAAGAAACAGUACAUGUGCCUUUCAGUAAUGAAGAUGGUGCUUUAGCUUCUCCUGUAGAGUUGUUGAGUGUAUUGAAGGACCAAGAUGACUCUGUGAUGGCCACAUCUUUUAGCAACGUAGACUAUGGCAUACCUCAACCAACCAAUCAGGAAGUUCUAUCAACUAAUACAGUCAGCGAUGCUGAAGCUGUUUGUUCGGAUAACACCAGCAGCAGUGUACCUGUACAACUUGUGCCCAUACUGAAAGAGACCACAGCGGUCUCACAAUCUAGCAUGGAAGAAAGCAAACGUGAUCUCUCUACAGGAGAUGCAGUUGACAUCACUGAGCAAUCAGAAGUUGUCAUUCAGAAAACUGAUAAUGAUGACGACGACAACGAUGAUGGGGAUGAAUGGUUGGAAGAGGAGACAGGUGACACAGAAAACGCGGAAAUUCCAAUAGCAGGUGAUGAAGAUAUAUCUUUCAGUGAUCUGGAGGAAGAUGAUGAUGACACAGCCUAACAUCACCAGCGGGCUUGAUCAUACUGCUUAUUUGUGCAUCCGAUUCAAUCAUACGAUUUGAUACAAUGAUCUUGGCUGAUGUCCAGAAUAUGUCUCGUGGGGAUGUUGUGAUCCACUGCCACCGCUGCAGAAUUUGCUUGACUUCUCCCGUCCUCUCUGUGCCCAGUGAAAUGUAUCAUGGGUUUCCACUACAAGCCCCCCCUCCUUUCAGGUUCGAAGUUACUUACUGAUUUAAGCAUGCAAUGUUAGUGAAAGUUGUACAGUCUGUAGAGGCUAGUGAAUGCAAUGAUUUGAAUCAAUAUUCUGAUUCCUCCUACAUGUACCCUUCAGCAAUCUAUGUUGGCGAAUUCCAAUUUGUUUUAUGUUUUAGUGAGAAAAAAACAUCCAUGUUAUCAAUGUACUCCCUCAUGUAAUAAAAAAAGCAUUGUUUAGAUAUCCA